UGAUUGGUUUACAGAGACCAAGUUUGCAUUCUCAGCUGUCUUGCAGCGGUAUUGCUAACCGGUUAGCUGUGUGAGCUACAACACCACCGUAGACCGGUGUUAAAACUAACAAGAAGAUUCAUCACGGCGUCAUCAGUACGUCAUUUGUAAUUCGUAAUGCCGGUUCACUCCCGGGAGAAGAAAGAAAGUAACCACGAAGAAAUGGUGGCUUUUCCAGAGCAAGACGGUAGCACCACUGACGAGGAAGACACGGUUAGCACGUCGGUGUCUGAAGAUGGAGACAGCUCGGAGAUGGAUGAUGAGGACUGCGAGAGGAGAAGGAUGGAGUGCCUGGAUGAGAUGACCACUCUGGAGAAACAUUUUUCCGACUUGAAGGAGCAACUGUAUAAGGAGCGCCUGAGCCAAGUAGAUGUCAAACUGCAGGAAGUAAUGGCAGGUUGUGCUCAGGAAUAUCUGGAACCUUUGGCAAACCUGCAGGAGAACAUGCAGAUCAGAACUAAAGUGGCAGGUAUCUAUAAAGAUUUGUGCUUGGAGUCUGUAAAUAACAAGUACAACUGUGAAAUCCAGGCUGCCUGCCAGCAUUGGGAGAGUGAGAAGCUGCUGCUGUUUGACACUGUGCAGAGCGAACUUGAGGAGAAGAUAAGACGAUUGGAGGAAGAUAGGCACAGUAUUGACAUCACUUCGGAGUUGUGGAAUGAUGGAUUGCAUUCCCGGAAAAAUAAGAAGAAAGAUACGUUCUGCCCCAUCAAAAAGAAGAAGCCUGUUGUCGUUUCAGGACCUUAUAUUGUUUACAUGCUUCAAGAUCUGGAUAUUCUAGAAGACUGGACUGCAAUAAGAAAGGCCAUGGCGUCUCUUGGGCCGCAUAGGGUCAAGGCUGAUGCCAAAACAGAACGACACCACCAUGUAGCACAUUCUGAAGACGGAAGACUUUUCUAUGACAACCAGUGGUACUGCAGGGGUCAGGCUAUUUGCAUCAACAGGAAAGAUGAGUUUCCUACCAGUGCCCUCAUCACUACCAUCAACAAUGAUGAGGUGUGGUUCAAGCGACUGGAUGGCACCAAGUCCAAGCUGUACAUCUCCCAGCUGCAGAAAGGCAAAUACACUAUCAAACACUCGUGAAAUCACAACAACAGAAAACCGUCCAGAGAUUUCUACACAUGUCCUUGAAAGCUAGAGCAUACGUCCUUCAAAUACGUUCACACCUCAUGUCACUCCCUCAGUUUAUUUGUCCUUAAUGUGACAAAUCCAAUUAUCUCUGAAAUAGUGAAAUUGUGGGCCUAUUUUGACAUAAAGGACAAAGCCUAACCCUUAACCAAAAAAGGGUGUCAAUGCCACACACUGCUAAAAUCAUAGGCAGGUGAAGCGCAGCAGUCUUUGACUGAUGGUAUGGAGCUCAGUCGUGUGCCUUUUGUGAGACAAGACAAGGACUUGGCUGAAAAAAAAAUAAUCCACUACUACACAGCAAGCACUACUGUGGUGGAAAAGGUCAAAACAAAUCAGUGUGUGCUCCUGCUUGGAUGCUAUUCAACUUGAGCUUGUACUAUCUGUGUGAAGCGCGUAUGAUUGGGUGUGUGGACAGAAAUUACACAAGAUGGAAGCAGUGUGAUGAACUUCAACAUGUGACAAGAAGUUUCAUUUUUGUGGGGGGAACUGCUUGACAUGUCUUUCAGCUAUGACCUUAUUUUGUUGUCUUUGCAGCACCGAUUUAUGACGCUGAGCACAGCAAGUGGUAAGUUUCAGGCAGUUCCAUGUAAAUAGAGGAUUUUUGUUGCGAGUUUACAUCACUGUGAUGCUCCUUUCAUGUGCCUGAUGGUGACCAGGUUUAAAAUUUGGGGCCGCAUCCAGGUAUUAACUGGUUAGACUGCAUAAGAUGAAUUGUGCCAUUUAUUUCAAAGAUAUAUAUUAACAUAGAGACCAAUUUAGUUGUCUUUUACCCAAAAUACACCAAGCCUAUUGUUUUUUCUUUGCAAAUCUGUAUUUAUUGCUGUUGUUUUUUUUCUGAAAUUAUUGCAUAUAUGACUUGAAAGUAUUAACUUAGGUUACGUUCAGACUGCAGGCAUAUCUGAUUCUAAUCGGAUUCCUCCUCAAAUCUGAUUUUUAGGGCUGACUGUUCACAAUAUUUUUAGCAAGCGUCCAAAUCAGAUCUAGGCCUGUUCAGCCUAGGCCACAUUAUUUAUUCACCUGACAAGUUGCUAUUGCAACGAAGGCGUCAACCAGCAUAGAGUGACGUCAUGUAGAGUCAAAAUCAAUACGAGCUGUUCAGACUGAGAAGCAUCUUGUCAACUUCUGAUAUGAAACUAACUCCCGUAGGUGGUUUCAAUCCAUCUCGCAAAAUUCCGACUUCUGUACUUUGUGACUGAUUUUGGCUGCCAGUCUGAACAAAGCCUUACACAACACUGUUGUUAACACAGCUGGAGCAAACAAACCAGUGAAGAUGACUUGUUAAAGUCUCAUUAUUCCAAUAAUUUUUUUGCUGGUUUAUAUAUUUUAUGCAUUGUGGAUUAUUUUGUGCAUCAAUUUUUUUACAUUCAAGAUAUAACAAAAAAGUGCCGUAAUUCAAUGGUUUUGCAGGUGAUUAAAUGUUUCGUUGCUAUCAUCUCAUCUGACUCUUUGUAAGCAACCUUCUGAUGACGCCUUCGCACUCCAUUGAAACUCUGCAAUGAUAUUUUUUAUUGGGGGGUGGGGGGGUGUCAAAAUCUCAAAAUGAUUUAAAUUCUAAAGUGUAACUGGUUUGUGUGUGGUAGUAUCCUAACCAGAUCCCUAUUCAUUUUAUUUUUCUUGUCCUCACACAACCUUUCUAGCUGCACUGAGCUUCAUGCAGACAACUUUAAAUCAACCCGUCGUAAACAUUGAUUAGAUGUUGCUGUGAGGUCACAGGUGUCAUAAAAUCAAUCUACAGAUAUCAUUAAGGUUAGUUGGUCAGGACCCGCCAUGCCAUCAAGACAAAUAUAAUUUAUCACUUUAAUCUUCAGCCAUGAAAUAUAUAUCACUUUAAUCUUCAGCCAUGAAAUAUAAAAUAUAUUUAAUUCUUGGAUCACUGACAAUGAAACACCCCCCAAAUUAAUUGAGGAUUAUAGGCUGAUGACUACACAACUAUACUGUAUCAGAGAAAUCCAUGUCAAAUACUCAAAUGUUUAAUCAACUAUAUAAAUAUCUCACUCAUAUUGAUUAAACUGUUUUAAAAAAAAAAAAAAAAAAAACGUAGAUUUGCUUGUUGUUGCAGAAGAAUUUGAGAGGAAUCGUUUAUGGAUUUCGAUCUCCAGAUUAAGUACAAACAUGCCCCCUAGUGGCUGAGAACAGUAUAGGAACUCAUCGUUGAUACGCCCUAUCAUAUAUGUAAGAGUACAAAAAUGAUAUAAAUAGACAAAUAACUCUGAAAUGAUGUAGCGUACUGUAUUUUUAAAAUAGUUUGCCUGUGAAUUACUUGGGAAGACUUGUAGCGAAUAGCAGUUUCUGCAUGAAUAUUGGUGCUCGCUUUUAUCCCAGCGUUUAAUAAAUUAGCACGUUAUGCCAUUAGAGUAGGUACUUGACUGGAAAAACCCUUGGAAAAAAUGAUUGCAUAAAAUACAGUGAGGAAUAGAAGUAUUUUCACCCU